AACGACGACCACAACAACGAAGUGUCAACAUUGUCUGAAAGUGAUCCCAUUCUUGCUCCAAAGUUCUCAAUUUUCUUCAUGAAUAGAGCUUCGAUUUUUGUUCAAACAAUGCGUGCAGUUAGAUGAACAAAUGCCAAAUUACUUACUAUUGUUGUUAUUGUGUGACAAGAAAAAAGUAAUUCAUGAUGUUGUCAAAGUUUAGUAGCUCCUCAUCUGCACAACUUGUCAAAAUUUCUAGAUUUUUUGGCAAAGGUGUAAAUUUACAAGUGCCUUCCUUGAGUUGUGCAACUGUCAUCCAGGACUCCAGUGCCAAAGGCUUUGACGACAUUCCCGGACCCAAGGGACUACCGCUGUUAGGGACAGUAUUGGACUACAGAUUUGGCCCAUACAAACCAUCGAAUUACCACAAGGCCCUCCUUGACCGCCACAAACAAUAUGGAAAGAUAUUCAAAGAAACUAUUGCCGGCCACACAGUUGUCCAUUUGUUUGACCCAGAAUUCUUCCGGAUCAUGUUUCAAUCAGAGGACAGGAUGCCACAUGUCUCGCCACUCUUGGAGACAGUUCAAAUGUAUCGAAAGAAACGUAAUCUGUCUCCAGGAUUAGGGAACAGCAAUGGUGAGGAAUGGUAUCGACUCCGAAGUGCCGUUCAACAAUUGAUGAUGCGGCCAAGGGAGGUUGCUGCAUUCUUCCACUUGGCUGAGGGGGUCGCCACAGACUUCCUCGAGAGGAUCAGAAGAAUAAGAGAUGACAACCAGGAAGUUGGAGAUUUCUUGAAUGAGGUGAAGAAAUGGACACUUGAAAGUUCGGCCAUGACAUGCUUUGAAACAAGACUCGGUGCCAUGGAAUGCCUACCAGACUCCGAUAUCCAAAAGACAAUCGAUGCCAAUGCAGCUAUCUUUGAACUGUCAACAAAACUAUAUUUCUCAUUACCACUGUUCAAAUAUUUCCCAACACCAUCAUGGCAAAAGUUACUCAAUAAAGAAGACUUCUUUUAUAGCAAAGGAAAGGAGCUCAUCGAUGCCACCACCAAGACGAUACAGGGUUUGAUGGAUAAGGGAGAACUAAAGGAUGGACAAUAUGGCUUCAUGACAUAUCUGUUGACAAGAGAAGAAUUUGAGUACAAGGAUGCUGUGAUCAUAGCGUUGUCUUUAUUCGGGGAUGGGCUGAGUACGACUUCACCAACAACAGUAGGACAGCUCUACUGCUUGGCCAUGAACCCCGAGAAGCAGGAGAGGCUGUAUGAGGAGGUCUGCAGGGAGGCCCCUAAAGGGGAACCACUCACAUCUGAAAGGAUCAAUAGAAUGUCCUAUCUCAAGGCUUGUGUCAAGGAAGGAUUCAGGUUCUUUCCGAUAGGACCAGAUGUAGCAAGAGAGGCCAAGAAAGAUAUUGUCAUCGCUGGAUAUACGAUACCAGAAGGGACGAGGAUUGAAAUGAACAAUUUUGGCCUUCUGCGAUCGAGCGAGUAUUUCAAUGACCCUGACGACUACCUGCCUGAGAGAUGGUUACGAGGAGGAUCGGCCCAUAACAUCCACCCCUAUCUUCUCACACCAUUUGGUCAUGGACCACGAAUGUGUGCAGGGCGUCGAUUUGCUGAACAAGAGAUGUACAUCCUCAUUACGAAACUUAUUCAGAAUUUCAAAAUUCAGUGGAAUUCUCAGGAAAUCAUGUCGCAGAAAUUCAACAUGUUGUUUGUGCCGGACAUAACAGCUAGAUUUGGAUUUCUGAAUCGAGAAUAAGACUGGAAAAUAUUCCAUGCCUCGUACUUAUAAUACAGGGCUGAGAUUGCUGCACCCCUGAUAAAGAGCAGAUAUCGGCAGGAGCCAGGGGGCCCAGUGGGUGGUCUCUAGGCAAAGUUAGGAAACUGAGUCUGGUAUGAUUCGGUGAUAAAUGUAUUCCUUAUGCAAGUUCCUUGUACGAAUAUAUUGUCAAAGGGUUGAGACACCUAUCAAUGACUUUUGUAACUUAAUCGGACACACCUGGUUCCUGCCUAUAGUCUCCCUUUAAGGUUGAUUUUUGGACUUAGUGAUGUAGAAUGUCCAUGCCUUUAGUGGACAUGUCUCUAAUAAAUGUUUAUUUAACCAAA